CUACGACGUCGAAGAAGAAGAAAAAUGGCCGCCAUCACUCUCCAUCUUCAAAACGGCUAAUCUUUAUUGCGACAACAGAGUUGUUCGACAGAGGAGUUUAAAUAAAGAAACGGAUCGUUUGAAUAAUACAAGGGGAGAGCAGAGCAUCAGGCCCGCUGGACCGCCUGACAACAUGAUGGAGUUACCAAACUACAGCAGUCAGCUGAUGCAGCAGCUGUGGGCUCUGAGGAAGGAGGGACAAUUCUGUGACUGCACCAUCCUGGUGGGAGACAGCCCCCACCGCGCACACAAGCUGGUGCUGGCCGCCUCCAGCAUGCUCUUCAGGUCUUUAUUGGACGGCUCAGACACCAUCUCCAUCGACACAGCCAUGGUCUCCUCACAGGAGUUCAGCUGUCUGCUGGACAUGAUUUACACGGGGAAACUCCCGAUAGGCAAACACAACGUGAGCCGCAUCGUGGCUGCUGCAGACAGCCUGCAGAUGUUCGAUGUGGCUGUCGGCUUCAAGAAUGUCCUCACCAGCCUUGUGAACCAGCAACCUCCAAUCCCUUCUGCCCCAACUCCAAGUCUGGCUGUGAUUAACAAACUCCAGGGUGUGAAUCCUGAAGAGGCAGCUGUAACCAACCAGAGUGAUGAGACUUCAGAUAAUAGGGAGCUGAAGGCAGAGAGAGAAGGUGAGGGUGAUGCUGAAGACAUAGGAGAGCCACCCUGUAAAAAACCCUCUCUGGAGUUCACCAAGGCCACAGAGCUGGAGGAGGAGGAACAAUCGUCAGAAAAAGUAACGGAAGAAAACAAACAGAUGACAGUAAAUGUCUCCAAAGGGACUGUCUCAUCUUUUCUGGAUCAUUCCCCUCAACUUGUUGAGCUCCUCACCAACAUGUCGUCAGUGCUGGAGCUGCUGAAGGAGGCUGCACAGAGCAGCCUGGAGGAACAGGACAGACAGGUUGUGUGUGAGUGCUGUGAAGACGCAGAGCCGAGCUCAGCGCUGGAGAAUCUGAUGAGCCGAGUGAAGGAGGGACCGCUCAGUGAGAGAUCUCUCAUCAGGCUGCUUCGCUCUGUGCAGCAGAACGCUUCCUCCUCCUUCCCCACAGAGCUCCUCUCUCUGCUGGAGGAGGCCGAGCAGACCUCAGAGGAUGCAGAAGAAAACCAAGGAGGAGCAGACUCAGAGAAGCAGAACAGCCCAAAGAGCAAAGAGCAGGAGGAAGAGGGAGAGGAGGAAAACAGUAAGGAUGAGACUGAAGAGGAAGAGAAAGUCCUGAAUACUCAGACAGACUCUUCCUCCCCCUCUCCCUCUCCCUCCAAACCUUAUCCCUGCCGCUGGUGUAAGAAAGGAUUUGCCUACAAGUGUCGGAUGCUGGCCCACGUGAAGCGCUGCCCACAGUCUAGAGAGUGUGAGCAGCAGUGUCCACAGUGCCCCAAGAAGCUGCCCAACCAGCGCGCCCUGCAGCGCCACCGAGCCGAGGCUCACCGCAGCAGCGCGCGGGCGAAGAAGAAAGUGGCCUGUGAGCUCUGUGGACGAACCUUUGCUCAUCCUUCAGGACUGAUUUACCACAAACGCACGGAGCACUUUGAUGAGAAGCCGUUCGCUUGUGAGGACUGCGGCGCGAAGUUCGGAGCCAACUCAUCUCUGAAGAACCACAUGAGGCUGCACACGGGGGAGAAACCAUACCACUGCAAACACUGCGACACCAGCUUCAGUGUGGCCGCUGCGCUUGCAUACCACACAAAGAAGAAACACUCCGAGGGUAAAAUGUACGUGUGUCAGUACUGUAAGGCCACCUUCGCUCAGUCCAUUGAGCUGACGCGUCACGUGCGAACUCACACAGGGGAUCGACCUUACGUGUGUCGAGAAUGUGGCAAAGGCUACAGCCAGGCCAGUGGACUCACCGUUCACCUGCAGACCUUCCACAAUCUGUCGGAGCCUCAUGACUGUCAGAAGUGUUGUCUCAGCUUCUCCUCUCUGGACGAGCAUCGCCAGCACAUCCAAGAUUUCCACCCAAAGGAGUACCACAAGUGUCCCACCUGCAGCAAGGUGUUCACCAGCGCCGCCCUGCUGGACAAACACAAGAGCACGCACACCGGAUCCAAGCCCUUCAGCUGUGACAUCUGCAACAAGUCCUACCAGCAACUGUCGGGUCUGUGGUACCAUAACAGGACCAACCACCCCGAUGUGUUUGCCAGCCACACCCGGCAGCUCAAGACCCUGGUGCAGUGUGACCUGUGCUUCAAGUUCUUUCCCAGUACGGCCAGUUUAGCCAAACACCAGGCGGCAGAGCACCAAGGCUCUGAGACGUCUGCGCUGCGUUGUCCAUUCUGCCCGGCGGUGCUGGGCGGGGAGGAGGAGAUGCAGGAGCACAUCAGCAGCCAGCAUGUCAGCCAGAGCAGUGAGGCGUUCAACUGCCCCCUCUGCUCCCUGAUCUGCUCCUCCCAGACGGAGCUGCAGGAGCACCUGCUCUCCUGCCACAUGGAGACCCAGGAGGAGCAGGCAGCUGGAGAGGAGCAGGAGGGCUCCAUCUCCCACACAGUGAUGUCAGCAGAUCCAGCAGCAAACGAGGGGACGGAGUCAGUGAUCUCUGAGGAGCAAGCCCACCUGGAGGCUGCUCAGCAGGUGUUAGUGGCUCUGGCAGGAGGGAGAGAAGGUGGCUCAUCAGCAGAGGUGGUGGAGGUGAACAUGUUUGACCUGCUGAACAGCUCAGUCACCUUCAUCUGUGGGGACAAACCAUCGGGACCAGAGUCUUUAACCUGAACUCUGACCCUGUGAGGAACAUGAUCUGUUCAUCUCUGUUCAUCACAUAAAAGACUGUGUGCUCAAGCUUUAAAUGAAGUUGGUGUAAACGUUUUCUUCCCUGGGUUUUUUUUUAGUUCUAAUAAAUGUGGUGAGUGUUUUAGUUCAGGUCAUGUACAGAAAACCAUGUCAACAUGUACGCCACACACGUGGCAGAGAAACAGUCUCAGCCAGGUCUGAUAAACAAGCAUGGUGUGUAGGACACAUACUUGCGCUAAACUACAUGUUCUAUCAACAUAAUGAAGAAAUGUUAGCUGUGAUAAAUGAAGCAAGCAGUGAAUGUUGACUUUGAGCCUGUUGAUCUGAUUUUUAAUGACAACAUCUUUGAUUUGUUUCAUUGUUAAAAUGGCAGUCUUGAAAUACACCAUCACUCAACGUGAUGACAGCUUCCCUCAGCGUUAAUAUAGACGUGUGUGAGUCAGUAAUGCAUAAGACUUUAAAGUAAUUUAUUAAACUUUGAGACCAAAAAUCUUCCAUGAAUGAACCAAAGUGCUUCUUUUUGCCAGCCAAGUCAUCGUGACAUUAGUUUGGUACGUGUGCUGUGUUUCAUGAAGUGUGUAAACUUUGUCACCCAGGCAGCAAAUAUGUCGCCACCACAAGGAAACAAUUAAAUACCAACAACCUUGCAGAUCCCAAUAGAUGCAUUGGCUGGAGCUGCUUGAACAAAAAGCACAUAUAAAAUAGACAUACAGGCAACAUUAAUUAUAUAUAAGAGCUAAAAAUAUGCAAUAAGCUACUGAAUGCCGCUCAUACGUUGUCUAAGCUGUACUGCAGCCACACACCACUAGCUGGGGCUGCAUCACCAGUUAAUUGCUACUGUCAAGAUGCUUUAAUUCUCUACUACCUGGAUGUAAACAAGCACAGAUGUCUUCUCGUAGUGUGGCAUUUUUAGUCAGUGUUUUGAUCUAGAAGAUAGAGAUAAAGUUAAAUGUAGGCUGAGUCCGGUUAAACAGACAAAUAACCACUCAAUCACAUCUAUGAGGAGGACUGAAGGCUGGUGGUGCUAGCUCUGCUAGUGGUAGCCACACUCAACAAACCACUCUUACAUUGUUCACACACAGUCUCUGUGAUCCUGUGUUUAGCUGUGUUAAAUAAAUUGUGCUCAAUUUA